AUCUGUGACGCACAUUUUAGUCGACAGGGAAUCACACAUCUUAUCCGUUCAAGCAAACCUAAUAGAUGGAGUUAAGCGAGAUAACCCGUUAAUUUAAGACAUAAUCCAACUCCUUUUAAAUACUGUAUGUUAAAUUUCUUCCAUGUGAGAUGUAUCUCUUAUUUUACUCUGUCGGAAUUUUGUUUUUAACUUUAUUUGUGGGGUUACUUCGUCUAUAAACCAGUCUGCACGCUUGUUGUGGAUUGUCCCAAAAAAAAAAUGUCUCUUCCAGCUUUGCAAAACACCGGCGUGAUUUACAGGAGGAUCCUGUCACAGUUUCCUCAAGACAUUAGCUUAGCUUUUGCAUACGGAUCUGGUGUUUUUAAACAGCAUGGGGCCAGCCAAGGUCAAAUGGAGAAAAACAUGUUGGACUUUGUGUUUGCGGUGGACGACCCAGUGACAUGGCACACUAUGAAUUUGCUUCAGAAUCGCAGACACUACUCCAUCCUGAAAAUACUGGGGCCCACCAAAAUCAGCUCCAUACAAAAUGACUAUGGAGCUUCUGUUUACUACAACACACUCGUGCCUAUUGAUGGAAGGAUAAUUAAAUAUGGGGUGAUUAGUACAGACUCAUUGAUUGACGACCUCAUGCACUGGAAGACCAUGUAUGUUGCUGGACGUCUUCACAAGCCGGUGAAAAUGUUGGUACAGAACGAGAACGGGAAGCUCCGUGCUGCUCUGGUAUCCAACCUGAAGAGCGCGGUUAUGGCCUCUUUCCUUAUGCUGCCAGAAAGCUUCACAGAGGAAGAACUUUUUCUGCAGAUCGCUGGACUUUCUUAUGCUGGAGAUUUUCGGAUGAAGAUUGGAGAGGACAAAUCCAAAGUGUCCAAUAUCGUCAAGGACAACAUUCAUCAUUUUAGGAUUCUUUACAGCAACAUCCUCCGGGACUGCCCUCAGGUGGUCUACAAACCUCCACAAGGAAGACUUGAGGUUGACAAAAGUCCUGAAGGCCAAUUCAUCCAGCUGAUGGCCCUGCCCAGAACUCUUCAGCAGAGGAUCACAAAGCUGGUUGACCUUCCAGGGAAAAACCGUGACGUGGAGGAGAUCCUGCUGCAGGUGGCUCAGGACCCCGACUGUGGAGCUGUGGUGCAUCAAGGUAUCUCAUCUAUUGUUAAGUCCUCCAGCAUAACACAGAGUAUCAAAGGCAUUGCUACAGCUGGUUUACGGAAGACCGUCUCCUAUAGCUCCAAAAAACUGAUGAAGAUGUGGAAGAGCUGGAGGAGGAAGCAGUCAGUCUCACAGAUCUCCUGAUGCAGAUUACUAGGAAUUUUUCACUUCUUAGUUAUAGAUAAAUAAUCCGGGCUAUGUCUUGUACCACUUUGUGUGUAUGGUGUGGAAGUCUCUCUGCACUUGUUCCGUCCCAUUUAAACCUCCGAUGGCUGCAGAAGAAACCAUUACAUUUCCAGAACAAGACUGAAAAUAGGUUUCAUAGUUGCACAUACAGCCGUCGGAUACUGCUGAGAGGGUCAAAGGAAAACUCUGCUGAUAAAAAGGUCACUGAACCUGUGUGAACAUUUACCUCAAUAAGUUUGGUUUCAGUUAAGUAUUACAUUUAUGUGGUUUUUUUUCUAUUGAUUGUGAGUCUUGCUUUGGGUUUCAUCCCUGGCAAUCACUUUGCCAAAGAUUGGUUGAAUUUGUAUAUCUUUCCUUGUGUCUUUAUUCAUACACUGCAGUUUUCUGAUGGGAAGCUGCCUCAACUGUCUUUACUCUGUAACUCUGGAAUGAUGCAGUAAAAACAAUUUAGAAAAAAAAAACUGUUUUUAAAACACGGCAACAAGUCAGCUGCUUAGUUUUGCUUUGCUUUGCAAAACUAAGUUCAGUAAAACUGAAGCUCCUGAAUUAAGAAAGAAGAAUUUUGACCAGACAUAAAUAUCUCCACUCAGCCUCUUCAUUGCAUUUUAACAUAGUGUUUCUACCCUCUUGUAAAAUGCUUUGGUUACCAUUAAUGUAAACUUAACUCUAGUUGCUCAACAUAUGGUACUCAACACAGAGAUACUGAGAUUUCAUUGUUCUAGUGAAAUCAGAUUACACAAACAUGCAUUUUUUAUUAAUCAUUUUUGUUAUGCUGUGAUUUUUCAAAAAAUAAAAUCAUGUUUAAUUUGUUUCAUAACAGUUUUUAGUGAAGUGCAGUGGGAGGUAGGAGACUAUUUUGUACUUCAAUGGGCUCAGGCAUAAUUGGUUAACACAUUCAUGGGGAAAAAGAAAGUACAUACUGUUCUAAGGUCAAGUAUCAGAACAAAAUGAAAGCUAUCUGCUCCUUGCCAAGUUUUAGGAUUAUUUAAAGCUGACCUCAAACACAUAUGACAGAUUUCUGCUUUUUGUUGUUUGUUAAACAAAUUUAAAACAAAAAUGACAAAAAAAAAUUGGUAUAGAAAACUAUAUUUUGAGCAGCAACAACUUGAAGUUGUCAGUUUUUUGCAUGACAUAAUCAGACUAGUCCCAGAAUGUUGGCCAUCUUUUUCAAAAGUUUCAUUUUACUGCUUCUGAUUUUAUUUUUUUUUUGGUCCCGCCAGAGCAUUUUUAAUUUGCUGAGGCGCGGACUUUGAGCCAUUGAUUUUUUUUUCUGACAUUCAUUCAAACACUGCUUAUGUAUUCUAGAAUAUAAUUCAAUAGGCAAUAUAAUUAUCUAUGCAAGUCUUAAUCUUUAAUUCCAGUGAAAAAAAUGUAAACUUAAUUUUUUGUUCAAUGACUAGCUUCUGCGGUUUACAUCAUGAACAGAUGAUCUACAAAAGACAGUAGGAAGAGUCUGGAAUGCCACAACAACAAAUGGGAACUUCCUAUCCACUGGUAACUACAUUUAAAGCAGUGUACAGCAGAAUGAAUGUAAUGAAAACACUCAAGAAAAUGAAACAAAAUAGAAAACAGUGCUGUGACAUAGUGAUACAGCUCAGUGAGUUUUCUGGUUCAACCACUUGUGUUUGUUUUGUCCACCUAACAGCAUUACAUCAUGAGUCACACUUUACUAAUCGACACCCGAGUCAUCCAACAGCACUGGAAACUCCUUUUUCUUUUCUCUUUAACUGUUUGUAAUCCACCAGCUCUUACUGUAUGUUUCUUGGAUGUAUGUUUCUUGUUGGUCAACAUUUUUGUAGCACCAUGUUAUGCAACUGUUUUGUUAAAAAAGGAAGACUAAG